CAGAGGGCUACGACAGGGUGGCACAUCUGUCCCGUGUGGAAAUUUGUGACAGGGAGGUGUCGUCUCCAUCUGCUGUACCCGCCGAUCCACAACGAAUUCUCUUACGUAGCUGGCACAGACCAGAGCCAGCAUCGCCCCUGCCCCCAGUGCCACUCGUCAAAUGAGUUGUUGGACACAUGUCAUUGAGACAGUUAUGGAACGAUAUCAAAUUUCAUGCUGAAUAUGAAAGAUCCUUCGCCUCUGUCAAAGAUAACCUUACCUUCCUCGCCAUCCGGCCGCCCCAUUUCGACACCGCGACCCAGAAUAUCACCCACCAGAACCAGGAGGCAAGGAGCAAGCUCAUUGACUCGGGCAUGACAGUGUUACAAGUCGUUGAGCACAACAUCGAUCUCUCUCCUUCGCACGUUGACCUCCGACACAAGGUCUUCUGCUCCAAAUGGCGACGUCAAUGGUUGUUCCGAUCACGCUUGUGGCCAUUCUGAUGAACGCGGGAGUUGGUGAUUUUGACGUCUCGAAACGGACAUGUCUUGAACCACUCCAGGUGAUCGCGAGUCGUCAUGAUAUCUGAAUGGUCGACCUUGGAAGCAUUGUGUGACGGGUUGUUGGUAGCUUGUGAAAGCCACAGAAUUGUUGUACUGUACUCUAACGUAUCCUACGAGUACGCAUACAAGUAUGUGUGUGAGAACAGGCUCUGUAGGUAUCGUGUGAUCUUAUUCCACGGCGUGCCUCGCUCAGCUCUUCACUACUUGCAUUUCUCUAGUCAUAUUUGACCAUUGCUGAUGCAAGUCCACGGGCUUCAUGAGACCCUCGUCGAGGUGAGCACCAGGAUUCAAGACUGCGUCGAAAUCACCAUCGAG